AUGGUGCGCCUAGGCUUUGUCGCCCGGCGGCGCUCGCCCGUCCUCUCGUCAGCCGUCGCUGCUGUGGCGCUCUUCGCCACCACGACCUCUGCUCAGAACGGCGGCAACAACAAUAACAAUAAUGCCAACACAAACCAGCCUUCAUCUGCUGGAGAACAGCCAGAACCCACGGCCGAAGCGGAGACCACCGCUGCGGCGGCGUCUACGGCCGCGGAGUCAGCGACACCAUCGCCAUCUGCCGAUGCGGAUGUGACCAUUUCUGGGGGUGAAUCCGCGACGCAACCAACAGCCACCGCCGCGACAACCUCGCAGACGCAGGGCACGGCGACGACAACAGGAGGCGAUGUUCAGAUCACUGGAGGCACCGACGAUGGGGAUGCCAUCAUGACCUUUCCCACCAUCGAGACCAUCCUGGAGAUUCCCACCUACGCCCCCGCCGCUGUCCCGCCUACCCUCCACGCUCCCUUCAUGCAACACUCGACGGCUCCCGAGGGCACUGUAUUCAUCGCUGUCGGAGCCAUCCUCGGCGCCUUCGGCCUCGGCAUCCUUCUCUGGCGUGGUAUUGUCGCCUGUCUGCUGCAUCGCUCUGUCCGCCGUGCCGCUAUGGAGCAGCAUAGCGCCAACGACAAGGCCGCCUUCCCUGCGCCUCCCGCUCAUUUCUACAAGUACAGCGAUCAGAACUCGUCGCUUUCUCUCGCCGGCGCCGCCGCCGCGGGCCGUGGUGUUCGACGCACCAACCGCGGACCCGUCCCGUCCGGAACUCCAAGCCAGUCCAACCUCUUCUUCUCGCCCACCGCUGCCGCUGGUGCCAACGCAGGCACCGCCGGCAGCCGCGACUCCCGCUUCCUCCCCUCUGGUUUCUACGCUGCGGGAUCUUCAUCUCCUGGCGGCAACCCUCAUCAGCACUCUAUCAGUUUGACCAACCUGCAUCCGCGCCCCGACUCGCGUGGCAAUGGCCUCGGCGCCCCGGUCGGCCGAGCCGUGCCCCAGCAUUCACCACCCGAGUCGCCUCAGUUCACGGCUCGCCGUGAGAUGAGCACCAGCACCCUCAACCUCGCGGCUCCGGCACAUGGCGCUCGCGCGCCGAGUGCCUACCUAGAAGACCUUCUCGACGAAAACCCGCAGGCCUUCCCUCCGAGUAACAUGCCGCCGACGAAUCCCCAGCGCCAGCGCUCUCCGGGGCCACGCUUCUGA